AUGCAGAUUAGAAUAUGCUUCGUACUUCAUAUCGCGGCUGCCGUGGGCAGCGUUCUUCCUCAACGCCACCUCAAAUCUCCGACUGCAAGCGUUGGACACAGAGAAGUUUCCACUGAAUUAUUCAAUGAGCUUGAAGAGUUUUCUCGCAUUAUUGACAUAUCCUACUGCGUCGGAUCUACUAGUGCUGGAAUACAAAAGCCAUUCGAAUGCGCCAGUCGUUGUUCGGAUUUCGAGCACUUCGAGCUUGUCACACUACUAUCUGAUAGUUGCGGCUACGUUGCGCUGUCGCAUGCACCAACCUCCCGUCGGAUCCUUCUAGCCUUUCGAGGCACUUACUCAGUAGCCAACACCGUCGCGGAUCUAUCGACCAUCCCUCAAGAAUAUGCGCCAUAUCCCGGCGAUGACGAGGAAGAUAUUCGUUCAGGUCUGGUCAACCUCUUGCCACGGGAUGUCAGCCCCGAAAAAGCCGAGUGCGCGAACUGCACAGUUCAUAUGGGCUUUAUGAGAUCCUGGCAAAAUACCAAGCCCGAGGUUGUGCCCGUAGUUGAAGAGCUUUUGAGACGCUAUCCAGAGUAUCGCUUGACCCUUGUUGGGCACUCGCUCGGCGGAGCCGUCGCAACGCUCGCUUCUUUGGACUUUCACGGACGAGGGUGGAACCCGAAGCUAGUGACUUUUGGAGAGCCUCGUGUUGGCAAUGAGGGCCUAGCAGAGUAUAUUGACAAAGCCUUCGCAGCUGGCGAUGAUCGUAUGGAUAUGAUUAGAGUCACCCAUGUCGAUGACCCUGUUCCUCUCUUACCACUGACCGAGGGGGCUUUCGACCUCAUGCUGGGGAGGUAUAUAUUUCAAAGUCAGAGCUACCUCCCAAAGUUCAGGAUCUCCAGAUCUGUGAAGGCGCAGCGGAUCCAGAUUGUCUUUCUGGUGCCGAGGUUAGCGCGGAGAAUAUUGGAAUGUUGUCCAUGGAGCAGCCGGCGGACGUUGAGGGACUCAAAGAUUGGUGGAAAUCUGCGAAAGGUUCUUUAUCAAUUCCGGCACGAUGGAGAAUUUGGCAGCUUUUCUUCGCCCACCGGGACUAUUUCUGGCGGCUCGGGCUAUGCGUUCCUUGGGUUGGAUCAAAAGUUCUAG